UUUUCCCCGGACAUUCCUUCCUCAGUUUUUUCUGUACCUUUUUCACCAACACAAAGGAGUUGGUCUGUGGAUCAUGAUUCUUCAAAAAACCCGAGGAUGAGAAAUGCUGUUGAAUGCACCUUAAAUCUCACUCGAAACAAUUUCAUUCACAAACUAGAUUUCAGGGCAUUAGCCAACAACUACGCUAAACAACUCCAACUAUGCUGCCCACCAAACCCCGAUUCCCAUUCUCUUGCUCGAGUCAUCCAUGCCAACAUGAUCACUUUUGGGUUCAAACCUCGUGGCCAUAUUUUGGAUCGUUUGAUUGAUAUUUACUGUAAAUCCAACAAUCUUGUUUACGCACACCAUCUGUUCGACGAAAUUCCCCAACCAGAUAUUGUAGCAAGAACAACUAUGAUCUCUGCAUAUCGCAAGUUGGGUAAUUUGAAGGAAGCAAGGAGGAUUUUUGAUGAAACCCCACUUCAUAUUCGUGAUGUGGUGAGCUAUAACGCGAUGAUUACAGGGUACAAUCAUGGUGGUGAUGGUAUUUCAGGGGUUAAAUUGUUUGUAGAGAUGUUGAGGAGUAGUUUUAAGCCUGAUCAUUUUACUUAUACUAGUGUUCUUAGUUCUCUUAGUUUGAUUGCUGAUGAUUCGAGGCAGUGUUAUCAGUUGCAUUGUGCGGUGGUUAAGUCUGGAACUGGGUGUUCUACAUCGGUGUUGAAUUCACUUAUAUCUCUUUAUGUGAAGUGUUCGUCUUCGGCUUUUGUUGAGUCGAAUGAUAUGUUGGGUGUUGCUCGUAUUCUCUUUGAUGAGAUGGCAACAAAGGAUGAGUUGACAUGGACGACAAUGAUUACUGGGUAUGCAAGGAAUGAUGACCUUGAUUCAGCUCUAAACGUUUUUAACUCAGCAAUGGAGAAGGUUGUGGCGGUAUGGAAUGCCAUGAUUUCAGGCUAUGUGCACCAUGGUUUAUACUCAGAGGCAUUGGAGCUGUUUAGAAGAAUGAAUGUCGAAGGUGUUCAGCAUGAUGAAUAUACAUAUACGAAUGUUCUUGGUGCUUGUGCUGAUUCGGGUAUGCUUUCGUUUGGACGGGAGAUACAUGCUCGUAUUUUGCGCAAAGAAUCAAAAGUAAAACACAGUGAUGAUGUGAAAUCGUCUAUAAGCAAUGCACUAGUCACAUUGUAUUCUAAAUGUGGCAGAAUGCAUGAAGCUCGGAAAAUUUUUGAUGAGAUGCCUGUAAGAGACAUAGUUUCUUGGAAUGCUAUUUUGUCAGGUUACGUGACUUCUGGACUGAUCUCUGAGGCGAAAGUUUUCUUCAACAAAAUGCCUGAGAAGAACCUUCUAUCGUGGGCUGUAAUUAUAGCCGCACAUGCACAAAGUGGCUCGGCAGAAGAAGGCUUCAAGUUACUGAAUCAGAUGCGGAUUGACGGGUUCAAGCCUUGUGAUUAUACAUUUGCUGGAGCAAUCACGGCUUGUUCGAACCUUGGAGUACUAGAUCAGGGAAGGCAGCUUCAUGCUCAGGUCACUCGGCUUGGAUACGAAUCAAGCCUUUCAGUGAGCAAUGCUCUGAUUACAAUGUAUGGAAGAUGUGGUGUAGUUGAGGAUGCUGAAUUAAUAUUCAACACCAUGUCUUCUGUAGAUUCUGUCUCAUGGAAUGCCUUGAUUGGAGCUUUCGGGCAGCAUGGGCAUGGUAGCCAAGCAUUGACACUCUUUGAUCAGAUGGUUGAAGUCGGGAUACUACCAGACCGGAUCACGUAUCUUACUAUUCUUACUGCAUGUACCCACUCUGGAUUAGUCAAUGAAGGGGAGAAAUUUUUUCAUUCUAUGCAUCAAUACCAUAUUUCUCCCGGGGAAGAUCAUUUUGCCCGGAUGAUUGACUUGUUUUGUCGAGCAGGAAAGUUCCAGGAAGCCGAAGAUCUGAUUAACAAGAUGCCUUUCGAGCCAAGAGCACCCGUUUGGCAAGCUUUGCUUGCUGGGUGUCGUAUUCACGGGAACUUAGACCUUGGUAUUAAAGCUGCCGAAAAGCUCUUGGAGUUAAUCCCUCAAUAUGAUGGUACCUACAUACUUUUGUCGAACAUGUACGCAGCAGCAGGCCAGUGGGUAGAUGUAGCAAGGGUGAGGAAGUUGAUGCGAGAGAGAGGGGUGAAAAAAGAGCCUGCGUGUAGUUGGAUAGAUAUCGAAAAUAAGGUCAACGUAUUCUUAGUUGACGAUACUUUACACCCAGAAGUACAACAAGUGUAUGAUUAUCUAGAGCAAUUGGGACCGAAAUUGAGGGAACUGGGAUACGUUCCUGAUACUAAACACGUGCUGCACGAUAUGGAAUCAGAACAAAAAGAGCACAGUUUGUCUACUCACAGUGAGAAGCUUGCAGUUGCUUAUGGUCUCUUGAAACUUCCUGUUGGAGCCACAAUUAGGGUGUUUAAGAACCUUAGAAUAUGUGGGGAUUGCCAUAAUGCAAUCAAGUACAUAUCUAAACUAGUACAGAGAGUAAUAGUUGUGAGAGAUCUCAAGCGAUUUCAUCAUUUUAAAAAUGGUGAAUGCUCUUGUGGGGAUUACUGGUAAAAUAUGUUUUGUGCGAUUGAGUUUAAGGAUGAAUGUUAUCGAAUUUGGGGAUGUCGUGGUGGCUUCCUGUUGUAACUAUCCUAGUGCUACUCCACUAGCCGGGUUUUUAGAAAUCCUCCAAAAAUGGAUUUCGUAUCAGAUUGGUGUAGGAAAAGCAUCAACGGGACUGUACACUACAAUCAGCGUUCGUGCUAUUCUUUGGAUUUGUCUGACCCACAAUUUCUUCACAUUAUACACCACCUCAAGGCCUAGUCAUAUGAAGACUAUAUGAUGGUGAGACGGCUUCUUGUUCACUUUCACAACAUACAAGUGCACCACUUAAUGGCGGCAAGUUCAUAACUAGGUGGUGAUCUUUCUUCCACCACCCUGAUCUUCUUGUUGCUGAUGGUAUGAAAUUGCUUCUUGUAAUUUCUUUGCCAGAGUUUUACCGAAAGGCAGAUUGGGUUAGUUUCUUUUAUCAUCAUACAAUAAGAGCUGGAGUUGGUUUAGGCACUUUAGGCUCUUAGAUUAUUUGCCAGAGUUACCAAAAGGCAGAUUUAUAGUUCUCUUUUAUUCAUUUUCUCCAGAAUACUAUUCAAGUGAUGGUAUUGUUUGGAAAUUUUGACCCGAGUUCAUUAAUUUUGUUUCCUUGAAAAAAAUUUAUUCCAAAGAUAUAUAGAUUUUUAGUUUUGAAUUAUAAUGGAUUGUAUUAAAAUAGUUGUACUAAAAGGAGACAAUGUAGGCAGAAAUAUGCUUUAAUACAGGUUGUAGCAUUUUGUCCAAUGAUAGCUGAACAAUAAAUGAUGGAAAUCUAGUUUUGAAGCAUGUUGAACUGGUUUUAGGUUUUCUUUAGAGCCCCAAGUGAAAGAUCUAUCAC